GUUUUCACGGUGAAUGUUGUCGAAGCGACGUCCGUUACGAGUGCCGAUGCUACCAUAGUAUGUACCUAUACUGUGUUCAGAGUCAGAGGUGCUUAUGUGCUGCUCGCCCUCUGUAGUUCAUACACUCGCGGCUGGUUGCGAAUCGCACACGCAAAUGUCAUAGAUAGAACGCGUACGCGCAACGAGCGUGAUGCAGUGAUAUAUUAGGAAGUGAAAUUGUUUUUAUUAAAAACAAAAUAUUGAGCAAAUAAAGACUAUCACGAAAAAAUAAAUACUCACAAAAUGGCAUUAGUGACGAUAAAAUUCUUUGACUUGGUUCCUGCACGGUUCAACCUUUGGUUAAUGCUGUUCACAAGCUGCUGGAUUGUGUACAUGCUUCGUGUUAAUAUGAGUCUUAACCUCAUCGCCAUGGUGCCACAGACUAAAAGCAACUAUUCAUCGCGAUCACAAUGCGAGCCGCCAGAUGGCCUGUCGAAUGAAACUCUUCAUCACGUGGACAUCACUGACGUCAGACAAGCACCCAGACAGGUUCCCGGUGGUGGUUCGUUUGAAUGGUCAGCGGAUCAGCAAGCCCUUAUCCUCGGGGCUUACUUUUGGUGCUACCCCGUGACGUCAUUAGUGGGAGGCAUGGCUGCCGAGCGUUGGGGCCCUCGUUAUGUGGUACUGGUCAGCUCUGUAGCGAGUGCAAUUCUGACGAUGCUCUCCCCCGUAGCAGCGCGAAUGAGUCACAUUGGCCUAGUGAUCAUCAGAUUUUUCCUCGGAUUUGCUGGCGGAUUUAUAUAUCCGGCACUACACGUGUUGGUAGCAAGAUGGGCUCCACCAGCAGAGAAGGGAAAGUUUGUGAGCGCUAUGAUGGGUGGAACUUUGGGAACUGUUGUCACCUGGUCUUUGACCGGACCUUUGAUGGAAAAGUUCGGGUGGGCUUCAGCGUUCUAUGUACCAGCGGUACUCACAUUUGUUUGGUGUAUUUUAUGGUGGUAUCUUGUUGCUGACGCGCCUGCAGAACACCCUAGGAUUAGUGACGCUGAAAGAAAAUAUAUAAUAGAGGCACUCGGUGACAAAGUCAAGAAAUCAAAGGGAUUGCCGCCAUUCAAAAGUAUUAUAACGUCAUUCCCAUUUCUUGCAAUGGUAGUCCUACACUAUGGCAAUCUUUGGGGCUUGUAUUUCAUAAUGACAGUUGGACCCAAAUUCGUAUCAAGCGUGUUGGGUUUUGAAUUAUCAGCAGCUGGAGUGAUAUCUGCAUUACCUUAUUUGGGAAGACUGUUCAUGGCCACUAUCUUCGGUGCUAUUGGAGAUUGCAUACUAGCUAGACGUUUGAUGACUACCACGACGAUCAGGAAAUUCUUUUGUCUGUUCUCACACAUAAUUCCUGGGAUUUUGUUAGUCUUAUUGGUAUAUGCUGGUUGUUCGACAGCAUUGUCCGUAACAUUGAUUACCUUGUCUAUGGGUUUCAAUGGCGCUGCGACCCUGACGAACUUGCAAAACCAUCAAGAUCUUGCCCCGAACUAUGCUGGAACUCUGUACGGAGUAGCUAACGCCGUUGGCAGUACAGCUGGAUUCUUCACGCCCAUGAUUACUGCAUAUUUCACUAGAAGUGGGGAUACUUUCGAGCAAUGGCGCCCCGUCUUUUUCAUUGGAGCGUCAGUCUACGUGGUUUCUGCUAUAUUCUUCGUUUUCUUUGGAACUGGAAACAUACAGUCUUGGAAUUUUGGAAAGGAAGAAAACGAAGCGAAGGAUGAUAAAGAAAAAAGUAGUGAUCUAAAGGAAAUAAACGGAUCAUCGGAAAGAAAAGGUGAUGCAAAAGAAGUAAAAGAAACUUCUUUGAAUGUCGCCAGCUAAAUUUAUUGAAGCUAGAUGGUAUAUAAAAUUUGUGAUAUCGUUAAAGUUAGAUCUAAAUAAAUAUGAUUAUUGUGACAUUAUUACGUCACCGGGUCUUAGAUUGUUAGUUUAAAUUAUUCAAUGUUAAAAUAUUGAGCUUAUGUUUUAAAAUGUGUGACUACUUGACUUUUAUAAAAACAAUAUUGUAUUUUUUUUGUUCACCAUUCUUUUGAUGUGAUAAGAUAGACAUGUCAGUGAGAUUUUAGGUAUUAUAAUGUACUUAAUACUUAGAUUAUGUACCUACUUUCUUUUUAACUAUUUAUCCAUUAGUAAUGUUAUUUUAUAUUUUAUUCUCUUUUUAUUUUACGACUAUUACAGAUUUAGCAUCGAUAAUAAUUAUGACUUAUAAUAAUAAUCAUUACUGAAUAAUUUUAAUACAACCAAAUCAUAAAAUACAAAGUAGUGUUUGCAUUUGCUUUAUAUUUAAGAAGUAUGACAUUUCUCGAAUAUUACUUAUAUGAUAUUUUUUACUGAAGUGCAGUCUCUUCCAAACGAAUUUAGACCAAAAGUAAGCAAACACAUUACCUCCUAAUUCCCACUCACUAAAUUGAAUUCUCAACACAUUUAAUUUGCAUUUCUAGGGGUUUGACUUAUUAAUUCACUAUCUUUUAUAGCACUUAUUACUUUAUAAAUGUAUGAAAAAAAGAAAUUAAACACUUGAGUCGAAAAGUAAGGUUAUUUUGAAAGAUGGGAAUUGUCUGUUGUCUAUGGUUGAACAGUAUAGCAUCGAAAAGUCUAUUCAAAAUGAUUUCAAUUGACGUAAUAAGUAAUCGAAUAGUGAAUCGAUUAUUUGUUAGAACUGAUAAGUAACAUAAUAAAUAAUACAGUUUAUGGAAUGUAAUUUUAGUGUUAUUGCAGAUAUGAGCAAUUAAUAUGGUAUUUUGUUUUUAUUUUUAGGUUCUAUU